GGGGUCAUAACAGGAGAUCAAAGUUUUAUAUGUGAGUAUAUACUAUUUAGGGAAAAUCUUUUAAAAUCUUCUCAAAAACCACUGUAAUCCAGGGAAGUUCAAAUUUACAUGGAAUCUUCCUGACAUAAAAUCUCCUACCUAUCAGUGCUCCAAGUCGCAUCUGCUAUCAGGUCACAAAAUGGCGACCUAAAAAUAUUUCUGGUCGCCUGGUUUUCAAAUUUCUAGUCGCCAUGUUCAAAAUUUCUACUCACCAUAGUAAAAGAUUUUGUAAAUAUUAAGACUUACAAGGUUUUUUUUAAAUAUGACUAUCUUUCAAGUAAAAAAUCAACACCCAUGUAUAUAUUUUGUUUGUUUUAUUUUUUAAACUGAAUAGAAAUGUACUGUGAAACAUGCUGGAUGCUAACAAGUCAAGAAUUUACUCUGGCAAAAGUUGUAUUACAUUGGGCCAUCCUGUAUAUUUUACAGUACGCUUCUGGGGAAGAAAACCCAGCAUUCCACACAAGGAUUUGCUUUAAAGUUAUCAAUAAGUGGGCCUUCACUGCUUAUCAUGUUUUGCGAAUAAGAGCUCCUAGUUUUGCUGGAUCUUUUGCUGAACAAUUAGUACCAGCAUCAAUAAGAACACUAUAUACAUCCCGAGUUUGAUUGUCUUUGAAAAUUAACAGCAACAGUUGCCCCGCUCGACUUACUUAAAUAAUGCAGUCACGGACAACAUGUCUCUUACUGUUACUGUGAAUAGUCACAUUUCCACGUUUGAAAGAUGUACACUCGGUCGUGGCGAAAUAGGACAAUGGAUGUCCAGAAAUGGUGGACGUUGCUGGCUAAUUGGCCUUACAAAUUCUGCAAAACAUUUUGCCAUCACGAAAAUUCCCUCCGCCAUUUCAGGACUGGGGUUCUUCCUUUACUUUAGCAUUUCUCUUUAUACACUGCUACACCAUCUUUUGAUGCAGAACUUUCCCCUUGUGAUUCUUGAAUUUCUUUGUUACGUGUACUAGGCUGAGGCUUCUGUUUUAUACUAUUGAUAAAUCCAAAGUGCUCUAAACCUCGUUUUCCCGCCAUCUUGAUUGUUUUGACCGAGACUGAAAAAUAUGAUAGUUGGUAAAAUGGGUAGUAAAAACCAGGCCGGGCCGGGUCAGAUCACCUUCGUAAUCCGAAUUUUUAAGUUUUCUUCGUUAUUUUAUUUUUGUUUGGUGUAAAACUUCUUAAUCAUAAUCUGGAUGAUACAUUGGAUCUACGCUACAAAAAUUACGGCACAAUUUUGCUUCACUGUGAAAAUAUCAACGUUUGUUUAUUUCAGGUUGGUAAAAUGGGUAGCGAGGAAAAAUACACAUUUUUCUGCGAUUACGAUUGAACUAUGUGACACAACAAUGAAACUACACAUGAUUUAGAUAAAUAUUAUGAUAAUUUAUCACUGAAAUGCUGUAGCACUUGUUAUGCGAGUCUUGUAUAUUUAAUAUUCAGACACGAUUUAUUAAAACCCGGGCCAAAAGGAAACCGGAUACAGUAACCCGGACCAGAUAUUAAAAUUCCAAAUAAAAUGAGAAUGUUAGCUAUCACGUGCAUGAUCUCAUGAAACGAGACAUUGCACGGUUCUUACCACUUGGAGGUAUCUUCAUAAGAACCAUCUUUUUAAUUUUUUAACCUAACUAUCAUUAAGUUACUUACGGCGGCGUAUUCGUGCCAGUUAACCUAGCAGAAAAAAUAAAAAUAAUCAUUUCUACGAUUUAUUAAAUGGUAGAAACGAUAUAUAAAAGUCGUUUCUACGAUUUAGAAAGUCAUUUCUACGAUUUAGAAAGUCGUUUCUACGAUUUAGGAAAUCGUAGAAAUGAUUUAAAAAGUCGUUUCUACGAUUUUUAGGUCUCGGGUGACAUUGCAAUUGCUUGUCGUCUGUCAUCGUGCGUUAACAAUUGAACAUUUUUAACUUCUUGAUAAUAAUGAUCAUUCCAAUUCCUUUCAAAUUGGUAUGAAGCAUCUUUGGGACAAAGGGGACAUAAAUGGUAAAUAUCAGGACUCCUACAUCCCUUGAGCCUUAAAGGCAGGACAAAAACUGCCACAAAAUUGAAUAAUUUUCAACAAUCUUCUUCUCUACCACCACAUAAUAUGUAAGAAAAACUAAAUGCAUAGUGAUGUAGAGCAGGAAGGCCUACCAAAAUUGCAAUUUUCAUGAUCCUCAAAUUUAACUUAAAAUUUAACAAGCAUAUGCAGACUUACUUGAGUGCCAUUUUGAAAAUAAUAUUUAUGUACAUAUACUGUGUAAUUUAAAAAUUAGAUAUAUAAUACCAUCAUUUUAUAUUAUGAAUAUGCACACUUCAUAUCUUGACAUUUUAAGAUGUUUUUAAAUUAUAUCAGUGCUCUUGAAAUUUACCAGUCCGAAGGAUUUGACUGGUUAAAAUUACCUCGGACUGAUAAAGUUCACAGUACAUAUCAUUAUUCGGACUGAUAAAAAUCUCAAAAUAUCUGAUACCACAGAAGUAGAUUUCAAGAACUAUGUUAUAUAUCUUUUAUUAAUGGAAGAAAUGAAUACUAGCACUAUAAAUACAAUAUUUUAAGUCAUUAUUAUACAGAUCAUAAUUAUUACGGUUAAAAUGUUUUUUAAAUUUUUUUUAUUUUAAUCAGGCAGGGUAUACAUAGUAAUUAAUUGCUCUCCAUAUAAUCCUCUUUAAACUCUAUCUUCAGUUUAAAUAUUCAUAAAGUAUGCAUAAUUUAUCAGUCGGUGAUAUUUUUUUAAGACCAUUAUUAUUGGUUAAUUAAUCAAAGCAUUAGCAAUUAAAUCGGAAUAAAUAACGCCGGCCCGGGUCGACCGCAUCCGGUUUCCUUUUGGCCCGGGUUUGGAAAAAUCGUCGAUAAUUAAGAUAAAAGGCAUUUAAAUGGUCAAAUAAUGCGUUAAGUAUUAAAUUCAUCUCUAUGUGAAUUGAAAAAAUGCUAGGUUUUCAGCAGCAGAUGCAUAUUAAACAGAAAAUAUGCAAUAAUGUGUGUUUUGGUCUCGCUACCCAUUUUACCAACCAGAUUUCAUACAAUCAUUGAAUUCCUUACCUAUAGGUAAUAUUAUGUGCUAAAAUUUGUGGCGAAGACUAAAUGUAUCAUUGAGAAUAUAUUCCGUAAGUUUCAAAAGAAACAAUGUCAUAUCAACAAAGAAAACUAAAAAAUUCGGAUUACGAAGGUGAUCUGACCCAGCCCCGGGCCCGGUUUUUACUACCUAUUUUACCAACUAUCAAAAAUAUUUAUUCAGACUUCCGAUCCCGAUUCUAAAAUUUUACUGGUUGCCCAAAUUUUCUUCACUCGCGAAAAUGCGACUUAAUUAUAAUAUCUAGUUGCAGAAUUGAUUUUCUGGUCGCAAAUGCGACCGUUUUACUCGCAACUUGGAGCACUGCCUAUCAUGCCCCACCCUACUCCCAUGGGCCAUGAUUUGGUCAGGACAAACUUGAAUCUGCACUGUGUCAGAGUCAAUGACCUUAGUGACCUUGGUCUUAUCCAAAGCAGCAAGAUCAUGUUAGUCAUAUUAGUGUUGAAACAUCUCUGUGUUGUGUGAAUUCAUUUUCAGUUAUGUUGUGAUCCUUUGGGGCUACGUUGGAACCACAAUAUAGGGUCAAAAAUUUUCAUGAGAAUAAAGGUUGAUUUAAAAAUCACAACAGCUGAACAGCGAGCGAUGUGAUCCAUAGGCCUCUUGUCUUUGUUUUAAAAUGAUUUGAUUAUACUUUCUGUCUUAAUACUUGUAGUAAUAAAUGAAAAUCCUAAAUUAUUGAAAAUGAAAAAAAAAUCUUAAAGUUGUCCAAAUAAUUGCGUGAAUUGUUGCUUUGUAAAUUUGAAGUUCUAAUGUAUUCUCAGAAUCAUUUAGAUGACUCCAAAAUUGUAUACAUAGAAAAAUAUAUUCAUUUCCAUAAAGGUAAUAAAAAUUAAAUGAAGCUGAAUAAGUACAAUACAGUCUCACAUGGAUGAUGUGAAGUCCAUGGAAAAUGGUUGGAACAAAUACAAAGUCUUGUUGAAAGCAAGUUUGUAUAGUAUGGAGUAGUGUGUUUAAAGAUGACUGGCACUCAAAUUCAGGACCCUGUAUCUCCUGAAUGAUGUCGGUCCUGUACCACCAGGACCCUGUAUCUCCUGAAUGUCGGUCCCAUACCACCAGGACCCUGUAUCUCCUGAAUGAUGUCGGUCCCGUACCACCAGGACCCUGUAUCUCCUGAAUGAUGUCAGUCCCGUACCACCAGGACCCUGUAUCUCCUGAAUGAUGUCAGUCCCGUACCACCAGGACCCUGUAUCUCCUGAAUGAUGCCAAUCCCGUACCACCAGGACCCUGUAUCUCCUGAAUGAUGCCAAUCCCGUACCACCAGGACCCUGUAUCUCCUGAAUGAUGUCAGUUCCGUACCACCAGGACCCUGUAUUUCCUGAAUGAUGUCGGUCCCGUACCACCAGGACCUUGUAUCUCCUGAAUGAUGUCGGUCCCGUACCACCAGGACCCUGUAUCUCCUGAAUGAUGUCAGUCCCGUACCACCAGGACCCUGUAUCUCCUGAAUGAUGUCAGUCCCGUACCACCAGGACCCUGUAUCUCCUGAAUGAUGUCAGUCCCGUACCACCAGGACCCUGUAUCUCCUGAAUGAUGUCAGUCCCGUACCACCAGGACCCUGUAUCUCCUGAAUGAUGUCGGUCCCGUACCACCAGGACCCUGUAUUUCCUGAAUGAUGUCGGUCCCAUACCACCAGGACCCUGUAUCUCCUGAAUGAUGUCGGUCCCAUACCACCAGGACCCUGUAUUUCCUGAAUGAUGUCGGUCCCGUACCACCAAGAUUACUGACCUACUUAUCCUCUUUGUGUAUGUCUAAGGCGGCUACAAGGUCUCUCCAUUGGCUCCGGUCCUGCGCUGCUCUGAUGGUGUUCCAGUUGUAUCUGGUCUCUUUCAUCUCUGUCUGACAGUUCCUACCACUGGCAACUAGAAUUCGCCCUUACUAAGACAAAAUAAAAUACGCAGCAACAAGUUCAAGAAAUACAAAAUGCAAGAUAGAGUUAACCCAGACACAGGCGAGACUGACAUGGUCAAACAGUGGAAUACAGAUGGGAGAGAAACCAAGAUGUGCACAGCCCGGCCGGGGUGGGCCACUGUCAGUUUUCGGAGAGGCCUGUACAAAAAUCACCUGAGAAAUAUCGAGGUGAACAUGAUUGACAUCCUGGAAAUAGACGAGACGAAACAGACCGUGAGGGUGGAGCCCUUGGUGACGAUGGGACAGGUCACAGCAUUCCUUAAUCCUCUUGGAUGGACUCUGCCUGUGCUGCCGGAACUGGACGAUCUGACUGUGGGUGGUCUGAUAAUGGGAGUUGGAAUAGAAACGUCUUCUCACAAACAAGGUCUGUUCCAGCAUUGCUGUGUGUCCUACGAGCUGGUGUUAGCUGAUGGCAGUGUGGUCACGUGCUCUGAGACUGAAAACCCAGACUUGUACUAUGCAGUUCCAUGGUCGUAUGGUACUCUCGGUUUCCUCGUGUCCGCAGAAAUCAAAAUUAUUCCCUCUAAGAAAUACAUAAAGAUGGAAUACUACCCAGUUCAUUCAAAAGAAGAAAUGGUGGAGAAGUUUAAGGAGCAGACCCUGUUAAAGAACAGAAAUGAGUUUGUGGAGACGCUGGCAUACUCUUUGGAUAAAGCUGUGGUGAUGACCGGAAAUUUCACCGAUGAUGCAGAGUCUGAGAAGAUUAACCCCAUUGGACAUUUUUGGAAGCCCUGGUUCUUUAAACAUGUGGAGGGUUUUCUGACCACCGGGCCAGCUGUAGAGUACAUACCCAUUAGACACUACUACCAUCGACACACGAGGAGCAUAUUCUGGGAGCUGCAGGACAUCAUUCCAUUUGGAAACAAUCCCCUCUUUAGAUACCUUUUUGGCUGGGCAGUUCCUCCGAAAAUUUCGCUCCUGAAACUCACUCAAGGGGAGACAACCAAGAAACUUUACGAAAAAUACCAGAUCAUCCAAGACAUGCUGGUUCCGCUUGACAAGCUACCAGAAGCUAUGGAAGUCUUUGAGAAAGAAAUUAAGAUGUACCCGCUUUGGCUCUGUCCUUUCCUCCUGUACGACCAGCCUGGCAUGGUUCAUCCACCUCAAAUAGGGAACCAGAUGUAUGUUGACAUUGGGGCGUAUGGUUCCCCCAAAUCCAGUACCUGGGAAGCCCUGAAGACCACCCGAGCCUUGGAGGCUUACGUCAUGAAGGCUGGAGGGUUUCAGAUGCUCUAUGCUGACAGCUACUUGACCAGAGACGAAUUUAGGAAAAUGUUUGACCAUACACUCUACGAUAAAAUGAGGGAAAAGCUGGACUGUGAAAAGGCAUUUCCUGAGGUGUACGACAAAGUGAACAGAAAAGUCCGAGACUAGGUCUUCCGAUCAAAAUUAGAGUUCUAAAACACGGGUUAAGGGUCUUUUGCCCUAAAUUACUAAUAAUUUUUUUUACAUUUUAAUUGACAUAGUAAUAAACCCCUAACAAAAGCUCACAAGCAAUGUUAUGAACUUUAAAAAAGUUCAUCCGGGAUAUCAAUAAUUAAAACUUGUAUGCAGUUCUACGCAAUGAUGCCAAAAGUAUUGAUAUUUGGAAAAUUUAUCUCAUUUGAACUCUUUUACAAUGAUUACAAUCAAGUAAUCUGCAGAAAUUGCAUUUCUACAGCAACUGCACAUCAAUAUAUCGAGUAUACUAGUGAUUUAUACAGCAACUGCACAUCAAUAUAUCGAGUAUACUAGUGAUUUACACAGCAACUGCACAUCAAUAUAUCGAGUAUACUAGUGAUUUACACAGCAACUGCACAUCAAUAUAUCGAGUAUACUAGUGAUUUACACAGCAACUGCACAUCAAUAUAUCGAGUAUACUAGUGAUUUACACAGCAACUACACAUCAAUAUAUCGAGUAUACUAGUGAUUUACACAGCAACUGCACAUCAAUAUAUCGAGUAUACUGGUGAUUUACAUGUAUUCAUGGUUUUGACGGUUUCGUUUUUUCCACGUUACCUGAUGGAUACACAGGUAACCAUUUUUCAGGUGACUUUUUACAGUCCUAUUUUGUCCAGCAGCAUGUGCCAUAUAACUACAUUCUUUAACCUUUUCUCUAAAUCUACUGAGUCGAUCGUAUAGGGGUUUCAUUGGGAGGAUCUUAAGAUCAAGAUUCGACAAGGUGAAAUAGGGACUGGGGGAUAUCACGGCUGGUGGGACAUGGGGAUGUCACAAGAGUACCAAAAAAAAAGAUACUCCUUCUUUCCUGUUUUAUCCUGUUGUUCUGCAUCUUCAAGAAAACAGUUUUUACAGAAGAGUACCUGAAAAGUAGGAAACUGCAUAUUAUCUUAAAGAAUCUCUAUCACAACAACUAUGACAUGAUCCGGUGGAUUUUCCCAUUUUUUUAGGGAAGGGGGGGGGUUUACAGAAGACACAUUUAAUCAAAAUAUUUUUUUUGGCAUAAGCUACAGCCAAACUAAUAUAUACAUUUAUGAUUAACUACUAGUAUAUCCUUUUAUCUAAAGUAUCUGAAAAUAAGUGUGGAUGAGUCGAAAGUUGUGUGCAACAUAUCCCAAACAAUUAAAAUGUGGACAUCUAAAAUCCAUUUUUGUUGAUUUUUUAUGAAUUUAUCAUUAAAACUGAUAAAUAUUGAUGACACCACAAUUUUUUGAAAGAGACUUUUGCUGUUUUUAGGGGGAUGUCCUGAACAUGUAUUUUGCUAUUAUUCUUGCCAACAUGAAGGAGUCUGAAUUUUUAGGGGUGAUAGAUGGUAGAAACCGACCUUCGUCUCUCAUUUAAGGAAUGUCAAGGUCGUAUGUGUUACAGCCGAAUGUUUCCAUUGUUUAUAUAUAUCCCCCUUCAAACAACCCAGAAAUUUGUUACAUUUUGAAAAAUGAAAAAAAUCUUGUUUUAUCUAAAUGUAUUGAUGUCAAUCAAAUGUAACAUUAACUAUUGUUUCAGGGAAGUAACAAAAUGUGUGUGUGCUUCCUCAGAAAAUCAGUUCUGAUUCGCUGUUGUGCGCUACAAGCCUUGAAUUAAGGAUAUGCGGGACAAUGAUCACGUGAUGGUUGCAAAUUUAUUAUAAAUUUAGAACCGGACGCAGCGUAGUUGAGCUUCCGAAGAAAAAUCACAAUACUGUACAGACACACUAUACGACGUCAUAAUAAAAAAAAAAGUACGUCACGACGUUGUAUCGCGGGGAAAAUGUCAUCAUAUUUUGUUGUAAUUUGCUACCGCUGUCAAGUGUUUUGUGUAAAUCUGUUGAUUGAAUUCUUGUCAAAUGAUAAUUUUCAUUUUAUUUCAUAGUGAUUACAAGUCUCUUUUUCAUAUAUAUACAUUGCAUAUAUUAUAUAUAUGUAUAGUAUGCGCCACAAUAAUUUUGAUAGUAUAGCCUACAAGUCACCGAAAUCGCUCCUACACGCACAUGCAAUUUGCAUCUCUAGGCAUUUACAAAAAGAACGUCAACCGUCUGUAAACAAUGACUCAGUGCAAGUGUAAGAUGAUGAUCGUUUGUUGAUAUUUACUAUAGUAGUGUGAAACUAGAACUGGACACACAUUUCUCCGAAUCUUGCUUGGGAAACGUACAAACUAUUCAGGUGCUUUUAUAAUCGAUCCUUGUUUGCGAGAAAUACCCCCCCCCCCCCCCCUUAUGACGACAAUCGUUACUUUUGGUCAAAUAUUAACGUCCAUACUAGGAAUGUUUAAUUUUUGCAAGCAUUUUCAUGUAAAUAUAAGUACGCUUUAUCUCUGAAACUAUUUCAUAUUCCAAAUUAUUUUUACUAACUUUACCAAACACUGCUGCGGAAAUGGUAACUAAUUUAAAAAAUAUGACACACGUCGGAAUUUAUGCGAGAAGCAGACAUGCGAAAAAGAAAAAGGUGCAAAGUCACAACAUGUGCGAUAUAUAAAUACCUUGAAAAAUAGCAUGGAGACGAUCGAGUCAAGCAACACUAGCUACUAUGUGCGCGGAAAUGCUGUUGAUCUAGUAAAGGAAGUAGUAGCUCAUAUUGACGUUAACUAGACCUAACCCGUGGUUUGAAAGAAGACGUAUUGUUUAGAGCUAGACUAGACAUUUUGUUCGAAGCCAUGUUUAAUAUAUACAUGUAUAUUUUUUUUUUAAAAUUUAAUUUGUUUCCAUUAACUCAAUUUUUGUUCCAUAAUUAUGAAAAUUCUAAAUAUUUCAAUAGGUUCAAAACAAAUAUAGUUUCUAACAAUGUAUUCCAAAACAGGCACGAAGAAUUAGGCUGCGCCCCCCCCCCCCCCCGUCUUUGACAAUGACCUUUUUUUUAAUUUAUUUUGUAGUGCAAAUAAAUUGAGACUGUCCCAUCCCCCAUUACUUUUAACAGUAGUUGUACAUGAAAAGAAUAUGAGCUUGAAAGUUAUUAAUAACAAAUAUUUCGCCAAGCCUAACCCCAAGUGAACAUAUCAAGGACGCCUACCUCAAAAUCAAAAAAUCAAGAUUAGCUUCACCCCUUCAUAUUUCUACAGGAAGUUGGGUAUAUGAAUAGCUUUUAAUUGCAGUGUUUACAAAAAAAUUCAUUGACAAGUUUUUAAGCAGUGCUUCACUUAGUAUCUGGACUACCCUGUUUUUGAGUACCAAUUUCCACCCCAAAUCCUUAAAUUUUCCCAAUUUCUUAUUAUAUGGUUAUGUUUAAGCAUUUUAUUAUUAUAUAUUUUAUAUUUUACAUAUAUUCUAAAAAUUAUUGUAAAAUAUAUAGAUAAAAAUUCCAUCAAAUUAUUUUUUUGAAUUGAAAAUCGGAAUAAUCUUGUAAAAUUCACAAUUUUCGAAAAGGGGGUUAAUUCAAAGCUUAUUAUCUCCCUUGUAUACCUAGAAAGUGGCCAUGAAAUUUAUACACAUUGUACAGGACAUCCUGAUGGUGCUUCAUGAAAAAAAGAAAAAAUAUUCAUUGACGAGUUAUUUUUGGCCACAUCGUCCCGCAUGUCCUUAAAGAAACAAUUUGUGUCAAUUAACAUAUUUGCCUCCACUAGCUACCACAGGUUCGUUAUAAAUGUGUUUUACUGUAUAACAAAGUUUGGUCCCGAGGAAGUGGUAUCAGAACUCCCCAUUUAUCCAUUGGAGCUAUACACUACAUGUUUAUGGUACGAUGGCAGUUUCUCCAUACAGUUAAACAUGGUUAUAGUGAAAAACAGUUCAUUAUAACCAAACUACAUUAUACAGUGAAACACAGUUAUAGCGAACCUCCAGGGCCAGUGAAAAAUGUUUGUUAUAGCCAAACUUCAUUAUACAGAAAAACAGUUAUAGCGAACCUCCAGGGCCAACAGAAACAGUUCAUUAUAACCAAAAUUUGUUAUGUCCAAUAAAAAUUUUGGUUAUUUUUUUCUCUGACAAGGGAAUAUUACUUUACAAUAAGAAUGAAUUUGUUAUAAGUAUGUUCGUUAUAAGUGUGUUGUACUGUAAUUUGAAGUGUGAGGGAUUCGUUUUGGGGGCAAAUGUGGUAAUAUUGAUAUUGCUUUGCCAUGACUUGAAUGAUGGGAGAUUGAUUUGUAGAUUUCAGUACAUAAACAUGUUUAUUGUAUUAUCACACGUUUGUGUUGCUAGGUUUAACCGCCCAGCAGAUGGGCAGGUACGUGUAGGCGUGUUCGUAAAAUACUCCACGAACAUUUUGGAGGAUCAUGAUGUACGCUUACCAUGAAAUUAAAUCUUCUCGAUUUGAAUGAGUGUACCCAGACAUGAAAGCUUACUGUGUGAAGCAAAUCUUCUCUUUGACACGUCUGCUUGCUAUUUAGUAAAUUAGAGUGCUUUUAAAAUUGUGACCAAUAUAUUUCUACGCUAAGUUCAUUAAAAUGAUUGUGAUAAUGCAUGUGCUAUGUUUUACAGUGAUUAUUACUUUUAAAUUUACUUCUUUGUCUCAUUAAUUAUUGUUUUAAUCUUAAUAAAUACUUCUGUUGUU